AUGAAGCUCAACCAAUUCGCCCUUGCAAUCACCGCCGGACUGCUGAUAGUCAGUUCAUCAGCUGUCGCAUCGCCUCUUGACACCUCGGAGCUCACCGUGCGGCAAGCCAAGCACGAGCAGUGUCUAGCCAACAAUGCGCAGAAUCGUGCUCGUCAGCUCAAGCAGAUGAGAGAUUCGGGUCUCAUUUCAGAAGCGCUACCCGAGUUCGAUCCAAAGACGGUCAUCACCCAGUCCUUUUCCGGCAGAUUCUACGAGACGGGAGAUGGUGUCAAUCCGCUCACUCAGACGCUCUUUGCGCCUGCCAUAUACUUUCCGCCGGCCCGCGGUGCUGAUAGAGACACGAAGUACACCCUCAUCAUCAACGACAUCGAUGCUCCUCCUCCUCUUGGCAUUCCUUCCUUCCUCCAUUGGUUCAGAAGAGGUCUCUCGGCUUCAUGCGGCCGUCCAGCUUCCCAAUCAGGAGAGGAUGUGAGAUUCGUGAGUAGAUUUGUCCACUCGCAAAGCACCGCUUGGGCAAUCGUUGAUCGUGUGCCCACGUCAACACCACAGUACUUUCCCGCCACCCCUCCUCCCAACCUAAGCAACCCAGCCGGUCACAGAUACACCAUCAGCGUAUUCCGCGAGCCUGCUUCAGGUUACAAUCCCUCGCAGCUCGAGUAUCUGCUCAAGUUGGUUAGCUUCGAUGUGCGCGACUUUAUCCAACGCACCGGUGCGGAGCUGGUAGCGGCAAGCUACUACACUGCCGCCAUCCCUGCCGAGGACGGCCUCCUCAGCCCUGUCCUACCUAAACUGGGUGGUGUACUCUAA